CGUCUACUGUGGAAAAAUGAAGGUUUUGUUUUGGUAUAUGGUAGACUAGUAGAAGUAAGUGUAUAAAAAAAUGCAUUGCUUGAAAUGAUUUUGUUUUAUAAAGUUGAUGUCCACUAAAUUUUUAAUAAUAGUCCCUGUCUGAUAAAAGGAUCAUGCGUAUUUUGGUGUUGUAGAAACAUGGUUCGAUCACCACCACGACUUACAGCUACUACUACGUUGUCAAUCAUUCCAUAUACUUGAAUAGAAGAACGCUUAUGAAAGCUACAAAUGACUUCAAAUGUAGACAAAAAGUUGAAAAUCAUAGUUCGGUUCGCCUCUGCGAUCCCUGAUCUUACGUUGGACAUUUCAAAUGCAGGAGAGACAACCAUUCGGGAAGUUUUCAAGACCAUUCGUAGUCGAGUUCCUGACUGUAAGGAUAAGCAAUUGAAAUUGAUAUUUCAGGGCCGUCUUUUGUCUCCAUUAUUUACCAUAGAAAGAGCAGUAAGAGGAAACUGGCAUUAUGAUCCUCGUAAAGAAGAUGACGAAUCUCGAAAAGCAUUCAUUCAUUGCAUCGUUGGACCUCAACUAACGCCAAAUGAGUUGGCUCCAGAAGACCAAGAGUUAAGCCAACUUCAGCGGUCUGGCGCUUCAGAGGCGGAAGCGGAGGCGGCACAUCCUAGAGAAAUGUUGAGAGGUUUUGACCGACUUCGUGAGGCUGGUUUUACGGAGACCGAAAUAUCUAGUUUGAGGUCCCAAUUUCAUCAAGCUCGUGGUACAAAUUUAGAUUCCCUUCCGGAGGAUUCUGUACGCGAAGCUGAGGAUGAUUGGAUUGACAAUGGGGCACAAACUUCAUCAGCAGAUGAGUUUGAUAUGUCUUAUGAAACCCUUUUAGCUGGUGUGAUGAUUGGUUUUUUUGGUGGUGCUGUUGCAUGCUAUUUUCUUUGGCAAAGAACUAUGUUCUCCCUGCGAAUGCAACUGUCAAUUUUAGUAGGUAUAAUAUGCAAUUUUGCGUAUGGUGUUUUACAUUCUUAUCGAUGGUAAAGAAUUGAAUUGGAUACGUUAAUUUUUCUAAAAUCAGCUACGAAAACUUGCGUUGAUACCUUCUUCCUUCGAUUAUUCAAGAAAUGCCUUGCCUUGCCCUGCCCGUAAGCUGUGUUCUUCACAAUUUCGCACGAGUAGCCCAUAAUUUUUUCUAAAACGUUGCUCGUUUAAUGAUUAAUAAGUAAGCAGAUUCACAACAGUGACUUUGUCUCAUUGACGACUUUUCUAUUCUUUGUGCAUCGUCACAUUCACUAUAUUAUUUCUUUUCAAGCAUAGUACACCCCAUGAUUUUAAUGACUACAACCGUGUUCUUUUAAUCUUUAUUUAAUACAUUAGCUAAAAAUGAAUAGAUUUUGGGAUUAUCCUUCAGGCAAUAAAUAAAAGCAGAAUAUGUUUACAA